AUGAGCUUGAGUAAUAGACAAAAUUUAAUGACAAAACCGUGUAAAAUUGAACAAAAAAGUCAAUUAAACCAAAAUAUAAAUAAACAUGGGGUAAAAGAUUUAAUGAAAAUCAACACAUUUCAAACUUUGGACACAACACUAAAAAAUUCAGACAUCAAGAACAAUACGAUCCAAACACAAGAACAAAGGGCUUCUACAAAUGAUGUGAAUCAAAGAACCACAACGAUCACUUGUGUGGGCAAUGCGAGACAAAAUGAUGAGUUUCCGGUUCUUGACGAUUUUUCUUUAUUGGAAGAUGAUGAAUCUAAUGAAGAAGGCAACGAGGUAGAGGUUAGUCCCACAAAAUCGAAACAAUUUUCAACUGUAAACAAUCAAGAAAAGGAAGAAGAUUUAAAUAAAUUUGUUAACACGAAGUUAAUCCAAGAGGAUAAUGAAGCUAAAAGUCCUUUUAAAAAGCAUGACGAAAAAUUAAUUGACGAGGAAGAAUGUAAUAAGUCGAUUAAAUCUAAUGAAGCUAUUGAAGAAGAGGAUAUAUUAAAAACUGUAGAUGAUGUUGAGAUUUGUGGGGGCAAUAUUUUGGAAUAUAAUGACGAUAUUAUAAUUAAAAAGCAGAAUAUUGAUAAGAAGAAUAACACAAGAGAGAUUAAUGGUGAUAAAAUAAAUAGGAAUAUUUUUGAGGAAGAAGAAGAAGAUGAGAUUAUGAAUGAUAUUGAAACAGGAGAUAAUGAUGUUGUUGUGUUAAAUACUGAUGAAGAAGAAGAAGUGAAGAGCAUUAAAGAAGAUGAUAUUAAAGUUAUUGAAGAAACUUCCGAAAAAGAAGGAAAUGGUGAUAAAAAUAUUAACGCUGUAGAAAAUCCAGAAGUAAUUGUUGUUGAGGAUGAUGAAAUAAUUGUUGAUUUUGUUAAAAUAAAUAAAGAGGAAAGUGUGUUGGAUGAGGAAGAGAAUGUUUUGAUUGAAAAGGAAAUGGAAAAAAGUUUCCAGGAAAGCUUUAUCGAUGCAAACUUGGAAUUUGGUAAUGUAUCUAUAGAGGAAAAAGUAGCAGAAAUUGUAUUGAAACAUUCAAAUAUGGAAUAUGCCAAAUUAGCUUCAAGUGAAGCAACUUUAGAAAGAAUAAACCAAUCACUUCAACUGAUCAAAAUGGAUGGGCAAGAGAACGAUAUAUUCGUGGAAUGUGUUCUAAAAAUUGUUCAAUGUGCUUCUGUUGAGGAAAAAGUUAUUGUGCCGCCUUUGCCAAUUACAAAUUCCCUUGAGGAACCUAUGACUUCUACAAAAGCAGCUCAAAUUAAUGCAUUAGAAGCUGAAUUAAUUGAGCCUGCUACACAACCAUCUAAACAACAACAAUCACGACGUCGACGACAAAAGUCAACUUCACAAAAAGCCAAACCUGCAAAAACACAAUUGAAAACACCACAACAAUUACCGGCAAUUAAAACUGCAGCAUUGCCUCCUCCUCCAAGAAAUUUGCGAAGUUCUACAGCUAAGAAAAUAAUUGAAGAAGAAAUGGAAGCACCUAUAACAAUACCAAAAACUGAAGGGGAAGAAAUUAAGACAGUUGCUAGUGAAGAAUUACCAUCUACAGUUGCUCCUAUUGGAUCGAGAAAACGCAAGAGAAAUGUGACUGAAUUCUUGAAGCCUCCCCAAACUGACAUUAAUGAUCAGCAGCAUGAUGAGGAUGAAGGGCCUCCUGCAAAAAAUUUACGUCGAUCUUCGCAUUCAAGCCCCUCUUCUCAAAAUGAGCCUAAAACUUCAACAGAAUCCAAGAAAGCUCUUAAACAACCCGAUUCUGCUUCACUCAUUCCUGAGAUUUCGUCGGUUAAAGAAAAGGCUGAAGCUCCAAUCAAAAUUGAGCAGGAGCAACCUAUAGUGCCAAUAAAAACCCCUCCACCCCCACCUUUACAACUUUCAACACCAACUCUUCAUUCUCAUGUUGCUGCGACUGCUAAAUUGCGCUCAUCCUUGCGUAGAGCAGCGCUUGCAAGGUUUUUUGUUCGUUUAAAACUAACUUUGUUUAAUUUAAUUAUUCCGAGAUAUUUAAAAAAAUAUUGCUAUUAUUUGAAUAAUGCCUUCUCUCUAAUAAAUAUUUACAUAUCUAAUUUUAUCAAAUAUUUGUUUUAUAGCGCUACUCCAUCUCCAGCUGUUGAUAGCGUUGGUACAAACGGACUUUUCCUCCGCCCGGGCAACCAUUCUUCUAGUGAAGUUAUUCCCAAAGAAGUAUUACUAACUCUUUGGAAAGAUAUUCGUACACAUCGUCACUCUUAUGUAUUUGAUCAGCCAGUCGAUGAAGGGGAAGUACCUGGUUAUCAUUCAGCUAUAAAAAAACCUAUGGAUUUAAAUACAUUAUUUCAACUUAUUGAAUCCUUUACUAUACAAACAUUUGGUCAAUUCACUCAUCAUAUUUUGAAAAUAUUUGCUAAUGCAGUAAUGUACAACAGUACUGGCCAUCAUGUCAACACAUGUGCCAAGGAAAUGCUAGCUUAUGCUUUGAAGUGUAUUGAGGUAGUUCAAUAUCCCUCUGGUCAAUGGUCUGCUGGAAUUUUUUCCACCCCAAUUUUUGGUACAUCAAGUAAUUGCCAAAGCAUUGCCAGUGAAAGUGAUUGUCCUUUUGAUGGCCAAUUGUCACGUAGCAGCAGUGGCAUUUCUUGUUCACAAACAGCAAGUACAAGUAAUGCAGCAAAAACUUCAACACAACAAAAGUUAUUGAGAAGUUCUUCAAUUAGCAAAAGAGAAACGAGUAAAACAAAAGCAAUUCCUUCAUCAGCUUCAUCCUCAACUUCUUCACAUUCUGAAACAAAGAAAGAGACAGAAAAUGACAAGCAAAUAUCAAAUGUUCCGAAGAAUGAAACCUUGCCUAAGAAACGCAGAUUACACAGAACACGAUGAAAUGAUUUUGUUUUUAAUGAUUUUUUUCGACGUAGUGACAGAAACGUAAAUGAUUU